GUGACGUCACGUCCGGUGGCGCCAUGUUGGCGGCGCUGAGGCGCUGCUGCCCGGGGCCGGGCCUGGCGGCCGCGCUCGGCCCGGGGCCCUUCCCGGGGCCCUUCCCGGAGCCCUUCCCGGGCUCCUGCCCCUGCCCGGGGCCCUGCCCCGCUCGGGGGCCGCUGCUGGUCCCGGCGCGGGGCCGCAAGACGCGGCACGACCCUCCCGCCAAGUCCAAGGCGUCGCGGCUGAAGGUGCCGCCGCCCGUCGACCCCGAGGAGCUGCUGGUGGUGCUGGAGCGGUACCGGCUGCACCGGCGGGUCCUGGGCGCCCUCCGGGCCGAGUUCCGUGCCGAGGCGCUGCAGCGGCGGCGGGCGGCGCUGGCGUCCCGGGAGGACUCGGCGGAGCUGCAGGAGCAGCACCGGCAGCUGAUGGCCUGGAACCGCGCCGAGAACGCCCGGCAGCGCCAGCGCAGGGAGGAAAGGCUUAGGGAAGAAGAAGAAGAGCAGAAGAGGCAGAAGCUUCAGGCUGCAGAGAACAAGGCCAGGAUGAUGGAGGCGUUCCUGAAGGAGAAGGAGAAGGAAGUUCUCCAGCUGCAGGAGGAAGCCAAAACCUUCAUCACCCCCGAGAACCUGGAGGCGCGGAUCCAGCAGUGCCUGGACAACCCGCGCAACUACAACUUCGCCAUCGACAGGGACGGGCGGAUCGUCAAGCGCACCGUGCUGUCCUAGGAGCCCCGGCCUCAGCCUGUCCCUGCCUCCUCCUUUCUUCCUUCUGACGCCUAUAAACCCACCUCAGGGUGGUUGGAGGAA